CAUCCCUAAAGUUCCCGGAUGUGUGGUACAAAUUGAGCACACGCGCGUUCUUCCGUCCCUUUCCUGAAGCUAACCCACGUUGGUGGCGCCUGUUCCUGGCUCACCGCUGUUCGCUUGAUUUAUCUCCGAAUAAGUCGGUCAGGAAGUAUCGCAAUGGCUUUCAAAGACUCUGGCAAAGCACCUGUGGAGGCUGAGGUCGCCAUCCACCGCAUCCGUAUCACCUUGACCAGCCGUAACGUCAAGUCUCUGGAGAAGGUCUGUGCUGACCUGAUCCGUGGAGCUAAGGAGAAGAACCUGAAAGUGAAGGGACCAGUCCGUAUGCCAACUAAGACCCUGCGCAUCACCACCAGGAAGACUCCUUGCGGUGAGGGAUCCAAAACUUGGGACCGUUUCCAGAUGAGGAUCCACAAGCGCCUCAUUGAUCUGCACAGUCCAUCUGAGAUCGUAAAGCAGAUCACCUCCAUCAGCAUCGAGCCUGGUGUAGAGGUCGAAGUCACCAUUGCCGACGCAUAAACAAUGCUAUGUUUUCAAUAAAAGAAACAGAAAAUUGA